UCCGGCGGAGGGCGCCGAGAAGCAGGCUGGGCCCGCCAGCCCAAGCGCACACGAGGAGGGCGCACGAUGGCAGCCCCUGCGGGCGCCGGGCAGGGCCGCCGGCCCGGCCGCGGCCUGUCUAUGCUGGGCGCCCGCGUCGGCCGGAGGGCCGGCCGAACGCGCUUCUCGGGCGAGGACGACGAGGCGCUGAGGCGCUGGGUGCGCUCUCACGCGCACAUGAGGGCCCAGGGGAUGAGGCUGUGGGAGCUGGCCGAGAGGGAGCGGAUCACCGCCCACAGCAAGGCCUCCAUGCAGAACCGGUGGCGCCGCCACCUCAGCCGCCCCGCCGCGGCGGAGGCCGCGGCGGGCGGGGGCGCGGGCGUGCGGCGCCGCCGCAGCAGCAAGUCCGCGGCCCUCGCGGCCGUGGCCGCCUCCGCGGCCGCCGGCCGCCGCAGCAGCUUCGCUCAGCGCGUUGCCGCGAGGAGGGGCCUGGGCUCCCAGGACUCGCAGCUCGCCUCCCCUCCCGCGGCGGGCGCCGCGCAGCGGCCCGCGGCGCCUGCGCCCGCCGCCCGUCGGCCCGCGGGAGGCUCGCCGCCGAGCGUGGGCCCGCAUGCAGAGCUGGCGUGCAGAGGUGCGGCGCCGGUCCCACAGCGCGCGGCCGCCCCGGCGCCGCCCGCAGGAGAAUGGCUCCUCGAGCGCGGCCGCGCCUUCGCCGAGCGCCAGGCCCUCAAAGUGGCGGCGGCCGCCGCGGGCCCGCCC